AUGUAUGCUGUGACCUAUAGUGAGGAGAAUGAGGGUUACCGGUGUUUCCAGCCCGACCCGGGCAUUGGUACUGCUGCACUAGGUGCUUGUGAGGCUGCUGCUCUAGGUGCCAGUGCGUCUGCGCUCUCAGGUACUGGUGAGACUGCGCUCUCAGGUACUGCGUCGUCCUCGUCCUCCCUCACUUUCACACUUGACUCCGGGGCUUCUCGCUCCUUCUUUCGAGACCGCACUACCCUUACGCCGCUCGGCCGGCCGGUUGCAGUCUCCCUUGCUGACCCCUCUGGGGGUCCUGUCCUGUCUCACUUCUCCACUGUCCUCCCGUGUCCGGCUGCCCCUUCGGGCACCCUGUCUGGUCUGUACCUUCCCUCGUUCUCUACGAACUUGGUGAGUGGCGCGGACCUGCAGGAUGUGGGGGUUCACCAGUUCACUCCUGCGAGUCAGCGGGUGACCCACUGCACGGAGGCACGCACAGGCCGACACCUGGCCACGUUCUCGCGUCGGCCGGGGUCGAGUCUCUACACCCUGACCGUUGAGUCUCCUCCUGUCCCUGCGUCUGGACCUUCCUGUGUCCCCUGUGUCGAGGGUCGCCUCCGGGCUACUCCUCACUCCUCUCACUUCCCCCCGACAGAGGCUCCCCUGCAGACGCUUCACAUGGAUGUGUGGGGCCCAGCCCCCGUCCGUGGGCAGGGUCACGAGCGCUACUUCCUGUUGGUGGUUGACGACUACUCGCGUUACACCACAGUCCUCCCCUUGCGCAGCAAGGGUGCGGUCACUGAGGUGCUGAUCGACUGGAUCCGCGAGGCUCGUCUCCAGCUCAGGAAGAGCUUCGGCUCGGGCUUUCCUGUUCUGCGUCUGCACUCGGACAGAGGCGGAGAGUUCUCUUCUCGCCUUCUGCGAGACUACUGUCGUGCACGGGGGAUCCGCCAGACCUUCACGCUUCCGGACUCACCACAGCAAAAUGGGAUUGCUGAGCGCCGCAUUGGCAUGGUCAUGGAUGUCGCUCGUACGUCCAUGAUGCAUGCGGCUGCCCCCCAUUUUCUGUGGCCGUUUGCGGUUAGGUACGCGGCGCAUCAGCUCAACCUUCACCCCCGGGUCUCUCGGCCUGCGAUGUCCCCAGCCUUGCUGUGGACGGGGAAGGUUGGCGAUGCGUCUGUGUUCCGUGUCUGGGGAUCUCGGGCGUUUGUCCGCGACUUGUCUGCGGACAAGCUGUCCCCUCGUGCUACUCCCUGUGUCUUCCUUGGCUUCCCCACUGACGCCCCAGGGUGGCAGUUUUACCACCCCUCCUCUCGUCGUGUUCUGUCCUCCCAGGACGUCACGUUCGACGAGUCAGUCCCCUUCUACCAUCUCUUCCCCUACCGCACUCCUUCCCUCCCCCCUCCCCCGGACUUCCUUGUGCCGGUUCCCCCCCCGGUAGACCCCCUCCCCCCUCAGGUUCCUGCCCCCUCAGGUGUGUCCCAGGUAGACGCCGUUGACCCGGUCGAAGUUACUGGUGACUCUGGUGCUGCUGCGGGUGCUGAGCCUGGGGGUGCUGACUCUGGGGGUGCUGUGCGCGGGGGUGCUGAGCCUGGGGGUGCUACUGCUGGGGGUGCUGGGCCUGAGGGUGCUACUGCGGAGGGUGCGGAGCCUGGGGGUGCUGAGCCGGGGGGUGCUGUGCCUGGAGGUGCUGGGUCAGGGGGUGCUGGGUCGGGAGCUGCUGAGCCUGGGGGUGCUGAGCUGGGAGCUGCUGAGCCUGGGGGUGCUGCGUCUGGAGCUGCUGAGCCUGGGGCUUCUCCUGCUGCUGCGUCUCGCCGGGAGCCCCUCUCUCCACAGGAGCUGCGCGAGUGGUUCGCUCGCCGCUGGAGGCGUGCUGCUGAGUCUGGAGGUGCUGCUGGAGCUGGAGCUGGAGCUUCUUCGACCGUCGAGGAUGCGGGUGCUGCUGGUCUCGGAGCUGCUGGACCUGCGGGUCCUCCUGGAGCUGGAGCUGCUGAGGGCGUUGGUGCUGAGCCUACUGCUGUUGGUCCUGCCGCUGGAGGUGUGGGUGGCGCUGGUGCUGUCGCUGAGGGUGCUGGUGCUGUCCCUGCUGAGUCUGGAGCUGCCGCGCGGCCUCGGCCGUACUUCGUUCCGCUCCUGCAGCAGGUUCUUGGUCUUUCUCCUCCAGUAGAGGGUCCACCGCCUGUCCAGUCGCAGUCCCUGCUGGAGCCUUCCUCUCCACUGCCUGCUCCCUCUCCUUACACUGGUCCUACUGGAGGUCUUGCUGAGCGUCGUGAGCCUGCGUCUCGUCCCGCGUCGCCUGUUCGUGCUGCUCGCGCUAGUGGUCGCAGUUCGCGUCAGCGUCCUCCUCCUGUCCCUGGCACGCACCGGAUGUCUCUGCGUCCUUCCACUGCUCCUCUGCGUGCCCCUUUGCCUUCUCCUCCUGAGUCCUCUCUUCCUGCGCUUGCCGACCCUGAGUCGGACUCUCUUCGUGCUGCCAGUCCUACUGUCACGCGUCUGCUUGCUACUGUCGUCACUGACCCCUCUUUUGAGUCCACUGCUGCAUCUGCUCUAGUCGCUGAGCUCGUCGACUUUGCUGCUCGCUGUCGUCUCGGCAACGCUGCUAGUCUUGUUGCUGAGUCUGCGUCUGUCUGUCCUCCGUCCGUCGGGGGUGAGUGUGCUCUUGGCACGGACGUCCUAGAGGACAGGCAGGAGGAGUUACAGUGUCUAGCGGCUGCUUCACCUCAUCUCGCGUCUGUACUGCUUGCCCCUGAGGGAGACCCGGAUGCACUAGACAUCCCGACUCCGCGUUCUUACGCGGAGGCCGUAGAGGGUCCCUACUCCUCUCAGUGGCAGGCAGCUAUGGAUGCAGAGAUGGCUUCCUGGAAGUCCACAGGCACCUACGUUGACGCGGUUCCCCCUCCUGGAGCGAACAUCGUCAGUGGCAUGUGGAUCUUCAGGGUGAAGCGGCCGCCGGGCUCUCCACCUGUCUUCAAGGCACGGUACGUUGCUCGUGGCUUCAGUCAGCGGCAGGGAGUUGACUACUUUCAGACCUUCUCUCCCACCCCGAAGAUGACUACUCUUCGGGUGCUGCUGCACAUAGCCGCUCAGCGCGACUACGAGCUUCACUCUCUCGACUUCAGCACUGCGUUCUUGCAGGGUAGCCUGCACGAGGAGAUCUGGCUUCGCCGUCCACCUGACUUCACUGGGACUUUCCCUCCUGGCACCCAGUGGAGCCUCCGACGGCCAGUCUACGGUCUCCGCCAGGCACCGCGUGAGUGGCACGACACACUGAGGACUACGCUUGCGGCCCUUGGGUUUGCUCCUUCUACUGCUGACCCGUCGCUGUUUCUUCGCACCGACACUUCCCUGCCGCCGUUCUACAUCCUCGUGUACGUCGACGACUUGGUCUUUGCCACAGCGGACACUGCUGGACUCGCCUACGUGAAGUCCGAGCUGCUGAAGAGACACACGUGCACAGACCUGGGUGAACUGCGCAGCUACCUUGGCUUGCAGAUCACUCGGGACAGAGCACGCCGCACCAUUACCUUGACUCAGUCACACAUGGUGCAGCAGGUCCUUCAGCGCUUCGGCUUCACGUACUCCUCGCCUCAGGCCACUCCUCUGCCUACUCGCCACUCACUCUCAGCUCUGCCUUCGGAUGAGUCCGUAGAGUCGAGUUGUUCGUAUGUAGAGCUUGUUGGCUGCCUCAUGUACCUGAUGACCUGCACACGACCUGACCUUGCAUACCCUCUGAGCAUUCUUGCACGCUAUGUUGCUCCUGGGAGACACAGACCAGAGCACAUGGCUGCAGCGAAGAGGGUAUUGCGCUACCUGUGCAGUACGUCGGGCAUGGGGCUAGUGCUUGGAGGGCGGAGUCCAGUGGUCCUUACCGGCCACGCGGACGCUUCUUGGGCUGACGACCAGGCUACGCAGCGGUCGUCACAGGGUUACACCUUCAGCCUUGGUUCCGGCUCUGUCUCGUGGCGGUCUACUCGCUCGUCUUCGGUUCUCGGCUCCAGUUGUGAGGCUGAGAUCUACGCCGGGGCCAUGGCGGCACAGGAGCUUCGCUGGCUCACCUACCUGCUGACUGACCUUGGAGAGCCGCCUCGUUCUCCUCCAGUGCUGUACGUAGACAACAAGGCCAUGCUGGCCUUGUGUCGAGAGCAGCGCUUGGAGCACAGAACGAAGCACAUUGCUCUCCGCUACUUCCUUGCUCGUGAGCUGCAGCAGCGUGGUCAGUUGUGA